UAAACAUCAAAUUAUAUCCAUUCGAUCACCAAGUCUGCACGGUAACAUACUACGUAUCUGAUGAGACUAUAACAACUGUAAUGCUUGACCAUCCUAAAAGCGUCACUUUGGACGAAUACACGGAGAAUUCAGCAUGGAAGAUAACCAGUCUCAACAAGAGGAAGUACCUUCUGUAUAACACGUACCACAUUGACAUAGAAUUCCAGCUACAGAGACGACCUAACUUUGCAACAUUUACUUUGAUCAUGCCUCUCCUGAUGUUGGCCUUUCUAAAUAUUUGCGUGUUUCUUGUUCCAGUUGGGUCUGGUGAGAAAGGUUCUUUCGCAAUUACCAUAUUCCUUUCUUACGGUAUCUUCGUUACAAUCGUAAGUGACACUCUACCGGACAAUUCCCUUCAAAUUUCCUUCUUUCUUCUCUUUAUCAUCGUCCUGCUUUUUAUGAGCGUCCUGUCCGUCGUGUACACCAUCAUACAAGCCAAACUUAUGUCUAGUAUGGGCGACAAAGAAUGCAGCAUCAAAUGUUUACAACCUAGAAAACCCAUAAUAAUGAAACCGACACCUUUUGAUCCAACUAAAGGAUAUACGGAUGACGAAAAUGAUCCAGCAGAUUGUAAACCAGUCAGCAGAAAUGACGAAGAUGAUGAUGAGAUAUACACCUGGGCAAUGUUUCUGGAGAAACUCGACGUGAUUCUCUUCAUCAUCUUCUUUGCUCUGGUACUUUUAUCAACGGCUGCUUUCUUCAGUCUGAUGCUUCAAAGAGUAAGCGAGGACAAGUUCAGCAAAAUAUAGGUGGCAUGAAAUGUACUCGAUAUAUUCACUAAAUUAAUCUGAAAUUGUAUCAGAAUAGUUAUUUUACAGUGUUUUUUUUAGACUUACAUGUGAAUAUAAAUCACAAUGAGUAAUUCAAUGUGGGCGGUAUUAAACAUUUUAAAACCAGCAGUCACGGGGACUUCUAUGUGAAUUCAAAUUGUGCUAUAUGAUUGAUUGUGCUGCUAUCUUCGCCGUCUACAAAUCUUUUUCACACAGGAUAUUUUAGAUGACCUGUUCAAAUGACAUUUUUCUUAUUGUUUUUGUGCCAAUAUAAGUUUAAUUAGCAGUUAAUUUCAAAAAAUGCACUAUUGUUAUAAAUAUUGACCUAUAAUUAUUAUAAUUGACAAGCAUAAAAUGUUUGAACAAUCUCACUCAUAAAAAUUCCGCCUCACUCUUUUCUAACCUUUCCGAUACAAAACGAACACUAUUUAUAGAAAUUACCGUUAUCCAUGUGGAUAAUUUAUUACUUUAAAUUAAAAUUCACAAUUAACACUUUGAUUGGCAUAAUGUCACUUUAACAUUCGCCGAAUCAAAUUCAGUAAGAUCAGAACAUUCGAAAAUAUUAACUUACAUGUGCACAUUGUCAUAAAUUUGUUAUUGUUCGGUAUUUCUAUUUAAUAUAUUUUUAUGUUUAUUUUCUCCGAUAAUUAAUUUUCCAAUACGUAGUUCAUUUAUUGUUUUUGUAAACUUUAUUUAUAAAAUUAUAUAAUCUAAUUAUGACUUUUCAAUCAAUUUUUAUGCCACAAUGUUGGCAUAUAGUUAGGUUAUAAUACUUAAAGCUUGUUAUAUUGUGAAACCAAAAUAGACUAUCUAGCAAAAGAUAUAACAUUUGUCUGAUUUUGUUUUAAUUUGUAGCGAAGAUUUUAUAAUUGCGAAAUUCCAUGCGCACAUUAUGUAAAUUAUUUUCAACCGCCUGUAUUUUCGCCAGAAUUUAAAACACAAAACAUGUAGCUUAUUAUUCUCAAAGGAAUUUGAAUGUUAUUAUUCAUGUAUUGAAGCAGAUAUACAAAAGGU